GCAUUGGUAAUGCAUAUGUAUUUAUUAAUUUCGCACACAAAAGAUUAUUUUUUCGGUUUUGCUGGAGUGGUAGGAUUUGGACUAAACAUGGGACAAAACCAACAAGCACAGUACCAGGAUGUCGAACUGGAGUUAAUAAGCAUCCAGGACCUCUAUAAGUCAUUCAUCAAGGAGUGCCCCAGUGGAUCUUUGUACCUGCAUGAGUUCAAGAAGAUGUUUGGAGUACAGACUGGAACACCCGAAUCUGAUUACAUGGACAACAUCUUCAGAGCAUUUGAUAUGAAUAACGAUAACACAAUGGACUUUAUAGAGUAUGUGGCUGCACUUAAUCUUGUCCUCCGAGGAAAACUUGAAGAUAAGCUGCGAUGGUCCUUCAAGGUGUUUGACAGCGACGACAACGGUUAUCUUGACAGAAGCGAACUACGGAAAAUUGUUAAGAUUAUUUACAGGAUAAAGAAAAGCUCUGUGCUUGAUGAAACAGGAACAGUGACCCUCACUUCUGAUCAGGUGUGUGACCGCAUCUUUCGAGAGGUCGAUGUGAACAGUGAUGGUGAGAUUACACUUGAGGAGUUUGUGGUGGGAGCUCAGAAGAGUCCGUGGCUACAGAGCUUCCUAACACUUGAUGUCAAUCCUAAUGGAUAUGUCCACAAGUUCAUGUGUGACAGAAAACUCGCGGAAAACAAUGACUCCUGAAGAAGACCAUUUUGUUCUGCCCAGCAUGCCAAAUGGAAAGGAAACUAGUUAUGAACUGGGAACCAGCAGUGUGUGAGAAGACUUGUGUUACCUUUGUUGAAUUACAGCAUUGUGCGGACUCUAUAAGCACUCUGGAAAAGUCUUCAAAUGAACUCACAUGUGCCCCUCUACACUAUGAGUGUGUCAAGGAAUUAAUUCUGGUCCAUAACAUGAGAUUUCAGUGGAAAUCAGAUUUAAUUUUAUGGGAAUUCAACUGAUUGUGUGGCCUCAAGUUGCUUUUAAAUGUGAUUAUGUCAGUCAUUCUAAAAUAUAUCCCCAUAUUUUUUCAUAACAACUGAAUGGAACCAGCCGUAGCUGUGGCUUGGUAUUUUUUUGUACUUCUACAAAUGGGAAAAGAGAGCAGUCAUGCUUGCUUUAUGUCUCUUGUGGCAACUUGAAAACAGCCAACAAACAGAAGCUGCCUGUUUAAAGGGACACUCCUGCCAAUAAACAUUUCAGCUUUCAAGAGGAAUCAGUCAAAAGUCUAAAAUUGUAUUUGAUAAAUACACUUUUAGAUAGACAUGUCUCCAAACUCUACUCCAGUGAUUGUUAUAUAGAACUUAAAGUGUUCAAGCCUAGUUCAAUUUGAUGACCAUCCUUUCUUGACAAACCAUAGCUCCUCCAGCAGCACAGGAGAAAUUACACAUUGUUACCACCUUUGACUACUCAGCUUGACGUGUUUGGGUGCAGUGUUGCUUUCAAUUCUCAAAGGAUGAUUCAAUAAUGUAAAAACAAAACAUCAUGAUUAAGUCCUAAACUCCCUGAAUCGAUCCAGUCUUAUCCAGUCUUUUGUGUUAUAUUAAUGUUUGGUUAAAACACGAAACACACACAAUGUUCUAAACAAGCUGUUUACUAAACUUUGCCUUUUUCCACAAUAGUGUGACCCAUCGAAUAAUGAAUUGUGAUUCGUUGUGUAUUUUUUGUUGCUGUAGAUAUUUGUUGGCAGCCAUGAUGUCUGCUAAGUCGUUUUGCAUAAAGCAUAUAUUGAGUUUCAGUUCUCAGAUGGUGCUUGCAUUAAAUAAUAACUACAACUUCCUUUUUAUGUAUGAAAUGUGUGUAAUGCCAAUGAUUACUGCUGUGCAGCAUUAAAAUAGAU